AAAAUGUUUACAAAAUUGGUAAUUUUGUCUUUGGCCGCUGUGGCGUGUGCCAAACCCCAAGCUGCCCAAUACCCAGCCGGUGUCAAUCCUCAAGAUUGUCCCGGUUUCCCCAUCUGUGAUAAUGCCCGCCUGCAUAAUCCCGCUUCCAGAUGGCAACAGCCACAACCCGCCUGGCAACCACAACCCUCGUGGCAGCAACCUCAACCCUCAUGGCAACCACAACCAUCGUGGCAACAACCCCAACCCUCAUGGCAACCACAACCUCAAUGGGGUGCUCCUGCUCCAGCUGCUCCCGCUGCUGCUGAUAAAUUCCCAGCCGGUGUGAAUCCUCACUCCUGCCCCAACUAUCCAUUCUGUGAUGUGAAUGCUGGUGGUUCUGCUGCUCCCGCUCCACCACUACCCGGUUUCACCGAACGUCAGUACCCAGCUGGUGUUAGCCCCCACAGCUGUCCCAAUUUCCCCUAUUGUAAUUAAGUCAGUCGGACAAUGUG